UCGUUUUCAUCUAACAAGUCCGAUGCUGCCCCUCCACACAGACACAGCCCUUUCCCACCUCUCUGACUCUGAUCCAUCGCCUCCUCUCUCACUUUCUCGGGAAAGUUCCUAGUCCCCGCUUCGUUUUCUCAAGCAUAUGGCGCAAAGUCUUUAAUCAUGAGCUCCUCCGCAACAAAGAUGAGGGCAUCCGUCUACGGAGACGACGCUAACGCCCCGUCAACUUCUGGUCCACGCUCUCCUCACACCAAUUCCAAUUCCAAGCACAGUGGUGGCAAUGUCUUUCGACUGUUGGCACGACGGGAGGUUUGUCCUCGAACGAAGAGUUCGUCAAAAAGAUUAUGGGGAGAAGGUUCAAAACUGCAUCUUGAUUCGGUUGGGUCAAGGCAUGAAGCAGCAAUAGAUGCAAGACAAGGGCUUGUCUCAUGGGUGGAGGCAGAAACGUUGCGGCAUUUAUCAGCAAAAUAUUGUCCACUGUUGCCUCCUCCAAGGUCAACUAUAGCAGCAGCCUUCAGCCCUGAUGGGAGGACACUUGCUUCUACUCAUGGAGACCAUACGGUGAAGAUUAUUGAUUGCCAAACUGGGAGCUGCUUAAAGGUUUUGAGUGGUCACCGGAGGACCCCUUGGGUGGUUAGAUUUCAUCCAUUUUAUCCUGAAAUACUUGCUAGUGGAAGUUUGGAUCAUGAAGUUCGUUUGUGGGAUGCAAAUACUGCAGAGUGUAUAGGAUCACGUGAUUUUUAUCGUCCUAUUGCUUCCAUUGCCUUCCAUGCCCAAGGGGAGCUUCUUGCUGUGGCUUCAGGUCACAAGCUUUAUAUGUGGCAUUACAACCGGAGAGGGGAGACAUCAUCACCAGUCAUUGUACUGAAGACACGGCGGUCACUUCGGGCUGUGCAUUUUCACCCCCACGCAGCCCCUUUUCUUUUAACUGCUGAGGUCAAUGACCUUGACUCAUCAGAUUCCUCAAUGACAAUUGCAACUUCUCCAGGUUACUUGCGCUAUCCUCCACCCACUGUGUUCUUGGCUGAUUCUCAUUCCAGUGGUCGUCCUUGUUUAGCAGAUGAAAUUCCUCUCAUGUCUCUCCCCUUUUUGAUAUGGCCCUCAUUAGCUAGAGAUGAUGGGAGAAUAUCUUUGCAGAAUACUCAUGGGGAUGUUGGCUCAAGUAACGUGCAACCAAGAGUGGAUCCCUCUGCUUCAGUGCGGCUUUUGACAUAUUCUACUCCAUCAGGGCAGUAUGAACUUCUGUUGUCUCCUGUUGAUCCUAAUAGCUCAUCUCCUGUGCCAGAAGAUACAGGAAAUGAUUCUUUAAUGAGUGAAACGGAUAAUGCAAUCACUCAAUCAGCUAUGGAUGCCAUGGAGACCAUGGAAACGCAGCCUGAAGAGAGAAAUAAUCGUUUCUUCCCUUUUGGUGACCCAAUGUAUUGGGAGCUACCAUUCUUGCAAGGGUGGUUAAUUGGCCAGAGUCAAGCUGGGCAGCGCACCAUGAGUUCAGUCAAUGUUUCAGCUCAUGAAAAUAUAUCAGCAUUUAGUGAAAUGGAAAAUCCUGUGGCUUCCUCAGUUAUGCCAACUGGUGCUAACCAAUCUAGGGUCACUGGAAGAUCUAGCGCACGGCAGCGUUCUUCACGUUCCCGCAUGGUGCCCACGACUGGAUCUGCUGAAGGUGCUAUCCUCAAUCACAUUCCACGUGAUGAAGGCGAUCCUCAACUUGCUGUUACCAGAAUCCAAUCUGAACUUGCAACCUCACUUGCAGCUGCUGCUGCUGCAGAGUUACCUUGCACUGUGAAGUUAAGAAUAUGGCCUCAUGAUGUAAAAGAUCCAUGUGCCUUUCUUGAUGCAGAAAAGUGUCGAUUAACGAUACCACAUGCUGUGCUUUGUAGUGAAAUGGGUGCUCAUUUUUCACCUUGCGGGAGAUUUUUAGCGGCAUGUGUUGCAUGUGUGCUGCCUCAUCUAGAAGCUGAUCCUGGGUUGCAAAGCCAGGUCCACCAUGACAUGGCAGGGGCUGCAACAUCUCCAACACGACACCCAAUUUCAGCUCAUCAAGUUCUCUACGAGCUUAGGAUAUAUUCCCUUGAGGAGGCAACAUUUGGUUUGGUGCUCGCAUCACGGGCAAUACGCGCUGCCCAUUGUUUAACAUCAAUUCAGUUCUCACCCACGUCAGAGCACUUGUUACUAGCCUAUGGUCGUCGCCAUAGUUCACUUCUUAAGAGUGUUGUCAUUGAUGGAGAGACAACAGUACCCAUUUACACAAUUCUGGAGGUUUACAGAGUUUCUGAUAUGGAACUUGUGAGAGUUCUUCCUAGUGCUGAGGAUGAGGUCAAUGUAGCCUGCUUUCAUCCAUCAGUUGGAGGAGGCCUUGUCUAUGGGACUAAGGAAGGGAAGCUUAGGAUCCUUCAACAUGAUAGUUCUUAUGCCAUGAAUUGUGCAACAUCUCGUUUUCUUGAUGAAAAUAUGCUUGAGGUCCCUACAUAUGCUUUAGAAUGCUAAUAGCGAGAGUUCAUUUCCCAUGCACAACUCCACUUUAAUGCAAACACAAAGGAGCGAUGAUGAUCAUGGGGGCAAUUCUUGCAGAGUGGGCUAGGGUCAAACCCAUGGUUAGCACUUAGCAACAAAUUUUAGUAUGAUUCAUUUGCGAAGUGAAAGAGGCUGCUGUAACUCUAGAAAAGACAGGAAAAUUUGUGAUGCAAUAUGAGUACCCUCAAUUAAAAGGAGUAACCUGAUGUUUAAUAAGACUAUUUUUAUCCAAUUAAUUUGGGUACAUUGCUAACACCUUCAAGUGCUGGGGAAUGUUAGCUGUCUCACUCACACCACAUGUACAUAUGUAUUUUUUUUUAUUUUAUAAAUUUAUGGGACAUGUUCAUAUGUAAGUAUAUAUACGUAUGUGAAAUAUUCUAUGGUUGGUUCUAAAUAAAUUUAUUGUGCAAGCAUCUU